CGCUUUAUACGAAACUGUUGACAUGCUGCCGCAAACUUGUGAAAACCUCCUGAGAGUGACGGACUUUACCGACUGAACGGAAUUAAUUACCAUAAAUGCGAAGUAGCAGUUGUUUAUUGGACUAUAUUCACUCAGUGGAACAAACUAUUGACCAUGAAUGGGAAAUGAAAACGGGACUAAAAUAAGCUAACGACUUUCCUUUAGCUACAUGCAGCAGCUAAGCUAGGACAUUAAUGAUGGACAAAGAUUCAGCAGUCCUCCAGGGUGCCUUCCUCCUGGCUGAUAAGCUGUGUCUCCCCUCAUCCCUGUGCUCCCUUGAGAAAGCUGACUGGAGUAGGGUGGGUCGUCCAGUCCUGGAGGCAGUCAGAGAAAUCUGUGGACAGGAUAAACUCAGUGGUCAUCUCCACUCUGUGGCUGGCUGCUGGAGAAAGAAAAUUGUUUGUGUUGUGUGGUUGAAGCUGUUGUGCAGACAGGCUGAAGAGGAUGUAGAGACAUCGUGGAGGGAGAACCCUUUCUUCCCUCUCCAGAGUGGCCUCCCUGAGGUCAACCAUGUUGUCCUGCUGGAGCUGGUGAGGUCAAUGGAAGCUGCAGAUGUUUUUGCCAAUUUCCUUCUAUGUCUUCCUCAAUCUCAGAUCUGUGUUGAACUUGAAAGGCUAAUACAGUAUGUGAAAAGCAGCCCUACUAAAGAGGAGGAUGUUCGGCUUUUUCUGGAUGUGUGGUGGGAACUGUGGAAGGGCAGAAGCGAACAGAAAGGAGGAGGAGGAGAGGAAAGCAUAGAGGCGAUGUUUGCCAACCAGUUUGCUCGUCUGUCCUCUAAGUCCUCCAGUGUGUCCCCUCAGGCUGCCAAGAGGUUAAGGCUAGACACAUCAGAUCAACUUGCAUCUUCACCAAGCACUGAUGUCCUGCACAUUCUCCUUCACGCACUUAAAGACAUGAAAGAUCACAUAUCCUCAACAGAUCUCUGUCUCCAAGCCCUCUCCAUUUCCCUUGAUUCUCUUUACACAACCUUACUUAUAGACAAAGAGGUCUCACUUCCAACCAAACAGAAGAUGCACAUGUUGUCUAAAGCCGUCAGCAUCAAAGAAAAGAAUUAUGAGAGACUGAGUCCUGAACUUAUUCAGGAGGCGCAGAGAGACUUACGUGCCUCUCACAAACCGUCUCAGUUUCAACCCACGAAGCUGAAGCUUGGGGAAGCCUUGAAGAUGAUAACAGACCUCACACAGUUCUGGCUGAACAGUGGCCUCCUGAGAGCGUAUGACAGCGCUAAUCUUAGUUACUCUGCGUUUAAACUAGAACAAAGUGUCCAGAGAGUUCUGCCUGAGACGGAUGUUCAAGAGACUGAGAAGAAUAUACUCAGAGAUUUGCUGAAGUCACUGGCUUUCCCCGACACACAGACAACCCCCGAGGUGGAUGCAAAGGUCACUAUGAUCAUCAUAAGUCAUCGCCUGGAAGACUAUCAGAACUUUGCUGUGUUAUUUGCCAGCGAGAGGAGCUGGGCCUCCUGUGACGAGCACUGGCUGGACUGCCUGGAAAAGAACCAGGCGGCCUUCCGGCAGCACAUUACGCUGCUCGACCUCGCCUCCACCCUCAUGACUAAACUCCACAGCGGGAGCUCAGAUGUGAGCCAGUGCAGGAAGCUAAUGAAAGUCACUGCAGACAUUUUCUCAGCACUUUCGUUAGAAGACAAGAACAAAUCGUUGGCUGCCAUGUUGAGAUUGUCCCCCAGGGGUUUUUUUGGGCACCCUGUUCCCUCUUCUGUAACUGAUGGAUUUGAGCAGGAGCUCAACAUGGCAUUCAACUGCAUUAUCCAGGGAGGGGGUGGAGCGACAGCAGCAGUGUCGCAGGGCAAUCUGAACACAGCGGCCUCUUUAGUGGCUCGAGUGGCCUUUCAGAACCCAGAAGCCGCUUUGAGGUCGUGUUGUCACUCAGCUGUUUUCAACAAGGGGGCUUUCUCUCUUAUGGCCCAGAUCCUUCAGCUGCUGCCUGGACUCAGGCGACAGAAGGGAAGAAAAGAUGAAGCUGAACGUCAUGAAAAAGAGAGAAAAGAGGCAAAGGAAAAUAUAGAUGAAGGAAAGGAUGCUUGGAGUGGGAGCAGCCUGCUCUGCAGGUGUCUGCAGGACAUGAUCAAGAACAAAUCAUUGUUGGCCAGUGAAAAGGAGCAGCUCCUCAAGUUCCUGGGUCUCCUGAUGAUGCCAGUCAUAGAAGUGGAGGGAGAAGAAAGGAAGCAGUGUUUUCUGCCUCCUCAGGAGGUCGUGAACAUCUUUGUCCUGCCGAACCUUUCCACGACGACUCACAGUUCCUGUGAUAUAGAACUGAGUGUACAACUUCUCCACACUGCUCUGUGUGUGGAUGUCCAGGAUCCGGCUUCUUCUUCUCACUGGGUGUUGGACUGCUCUCCUUUUCCCCUGCUUUACGUCCUGGCACAGCUGCACAACCAGGCUCUCAGGUUCUGGGAGCAGCCACCAGAGGGCGCUGUCCACCACUGGUCCAUGGACACCAUGGAGCUGCUGGUGUUGGUGCUGGCCACACUGGGGGAGGUGAUGGGUGCAGAGGUGGCAGCGGCCCCCAGCAGCUGGUCCAGAGCUCUUUUCUGGCUCUACAACAAGAUGGAGGAACUGGACUGGACAGUCAGGUUCCACCUGAAGCCCGUGUGGGGGGAGCACUUUAAAAAUGAAGUUCCUUCAUCUCUGCUGGCCGUGUGUGAUUUACCUGAGCAGGACUGGUCCGGUUUGGACCUGCCUCAGUACGGCCAGGGCAGCGGCCUUCUGGCCUGGAUGGAGUGCUGCUCCAUAUCGGACUCCCUGAAGUCCACCAUGUUGUCCUGCCUUUCUCUGGACCAGCGCCGGCCCGACCACGUGGGCAUGUUCAGCAAAGGGCUGCUGGUGGCUCUGACCCAGACUCUCCCCUGGUGCUCCGUCUCCCAGUGGUCCCGGCUGUUGGGAGUCCUGAGGGAGCUCAUCACCUCCGGUCGCCUCCACGUCCCCUUCUCGCUCGAGUACGUGGACUAUCUGCCCCUCCUGGAUCUGAGGAGGUUUUCGUGUGAGCUCCGCCUGUCGGUUCUCCUGCUGCGAGUCCUUCAGCUGCUCUGCGGGUCCAGCUGCUCACACUGGCUGUCAGCGCCGCACGGCUGGGCGCACAUCGGCAGGUUAUACGCCCACGCCGUGAGGGAGAUGAUGAGCUCAGUGAGAGCCAAGCUGCCUCUUCCAUCAUCUGGAGCCUGGACUGUCUCGGCUUCAACGCCUCCUAAAGCACCAACGUCUAGAGACUCAAAUCCUCCCUGCUCUUCAGACAAAGCCUCGAACAUGUCCAGAGACGCAGAAACGUCUGCUGUGAAGUCAGAGGAGUCACAAAUGGAGAAGGAGGUGGAGACAGCUCCCAGCCAGGAAGUCCUGUUUGUUCUCAGCCAGCUUUUCUGCCAUGUUCAGCACAUCCAGGUGAUGAUGCCCAGAGGCCAGUGUGAACCGCUGUUCCUGUCCAGUCUGGAAAUCCUCAGCCACUACGAAGCCAUCAUGGCCGCCUUUCCAGAGAGCAGCAGCCCGCUGGAGAGCGACAACACCCGGCACUUCUUCACCACCAUCACGGACAACCUGGAGAACCAGGAGAUGAAGGUCGUGCUGCAGCAGAAGAUUGCUCAGCUCGUGUCGGCAGACGCGCGUUGAUUUUUUUUUUUUUUUUUUCAAUUGGGGUUAUGAGGGUUCAAACAGUCAAAACUCCGUCUGUAGAUUUCAGAUCAGUGUCACACGCUGUACUCAGCUGAUUCAUGGACUUACUGCAAAAUGACGUGUUUGUAAUCUGAUUCAAUAAAAAGACAACAUUUCACAGCAAACGUGUUUUUGUGCUGCCUCAGUCACAAUCAUUUCUACUCUGAAAUUAAACUGUUCCUGACCAGGACAUGGAGGCUGAGACAAGUAGAGAGUACAUUUACAGUUUAAUUACAAAUUUAUCCAGGGUACACCUGGGGGACAGAAUUACUGUCAAUACAUAAUUCAAUUCUUUUACUUUAUUUUUAUCAUUAUUAUUUUAACAAAGACAAGAGUCACCACAGAUCACAUGAAGACAGGAAAACAAAAGAAAUUGAGUAACAGUGCAGUAUCGAGGUCAGUAGGUCUUUAAUGUCCCUGAUUGUCCUUUAAAAUCACAGAGGACUUUAUGAUCCAGGUGUGACUCAAAUAUAAUAUCCAGUUUUUCCAGUUUUUUUAGUAGCAUGUCUCAGACAGAAACUCGAUGUUCAGCUGUUUUCUGGUUGUACAAAUCUGUCAUAAAUACCUGUCGUGGUUUCUGAGCCCAGUUGGCACAUUUCCUAAAUAAAUAUCAAUAUCAGUCUCUGGACUUUUGGUCUGAAUUUUUUUAACCAGAUGUCUAGAAAGAAGUCCAGUUCAUCCGUGUGUCUAAAUGGUUCUUUUGAAAUGUUUCAUCCACCAAAACAGACUGGAGAGGAACGCUUAUUUGACUUUGUGCUAAAUACUUUUCACUGUAGCGUCACAAUCAGCAUCACAUCAACAAAUAAGACGCUGCUUUAUAAUAGACUUCCAAACAAAGAAAAGCCAUUCCACCUUUGUCCUCAGGCAGUAAUGUUUGAAAUCUAAUCCUCCUCCCCCCCAAAAAUGUUGAAAUCCUUCUUUUCCAUUCAGAGAAUUAGUGGAGAGGUGCUUCAACAGGCACGGACUGAAAAAGAAAAAGCACUCUGGCUGGUACAUUCUUCUUGGCAUUUAUUCGAUUACACAUCCAGUGGCAACAGAAGCCAUCUAACUGUAUUCAUAGGCAGCAGGUAGAGUCUCUUCGCUUUCUUCAGCAGCAGGAUGAACCAGUAUAUCUGCGGGGCCAGGAUCACCAGGUUACCCACGUUGCAGUGCAGGGGCAGAUGGAAGGGCACUCGGUGCAGGGGGAUCCCAAACUGUCGG